AAUGAUUAUAAGGGAAAAAAAAAAGAAAAUAAGAAGAAGAAUUGAUGAUGGGGAGCGAGAGAGAGAGAGAAAGAGAGAGCACAGAUGCGGUGGCGUCGGGAAGUGCCAUGUGAUGAUGAAAUUUUGUUUUCCUUUUGGCCCUCUCCCUCCAUCAUUGCGAAUCUCUCUUCCACCAUCAUCACCUCCCGCGCUCGCGCUCUCUCUCUCAUGCGCGUACAGGGUUCAACGACUUAUCUCUGGAAAGAGAGAAACCAGAGGGGCGUUAAAAGGAUGAUGAUGAUGACGAAGAUUUUAUGUUCAGAGGACAGAGAGGCAUAUGAUGAUGCAGCAGGUGUUACCGAGAUGGAGAAAUUAAACGCUGAACUCUUCAUGCAAAACUGCUACAUACUCCAAGAGAACGAGAGGCUAAAGAGGCAGGCUCAACUUCUCAACCAAGAAAACCAGGCCCUUCUGUCCCAGCUGAAGCAGAGGCUGACCAAUGCCAAGAAUGGUGCUGGAAACUCUGCCUCUGGCACCAGUUCAGACACCACCCGCGACCCUCCAAGACCAUAGAAGGGCCACCUUUUAGAGUUCUAAGACCUUGUCGGCGGUGGGAAUUCUCUGUUGCUGGGCUUUUUGAUGAUUACGCCUUCAUGCAGCUGACUUUAGGAGUAUUACUGAUGAUAUAUGUAUGCGCACUGAAAAGUGAAAAGCCACUGUAGUAGAAGUUUCUCGUGGUAAAGUUGAAAAGCCACUGUGGUAGAAGUUUCUUGUGGUAAAGUAAAAGUGUCAAACUUUUUUGCUUGCAUUUUCUUUUCUUUCCUUUCUUUCCCGAUGCUUCCUAGGACGCAGGGUCGCCAACUUUUAAUCAUGAUUGGUACCCUGCUACUUAGUAGUUUAGCCUGAAAUCCUUUUGGUCUCCUACUUCUACUUGUACUUGCAAUAAGGCUGUUAGAAAAGUGAUCGCAUUGGCUUUUAGUUUUAAAAUGUUGAUAAAAAAAAUUGUAGCCUGUCAAAUCUUUUAUCUCAAGGUUAAGGCCUUUGA